CUUGCAGACAGGCUAGAAGUGGGCGGUCGCUGGUUGGCCUGGAAGGAAAUAUCGGGGGACAGCAAGAAUUGUUUAUGAUAGAGCAUUAUCCAAGAGGUACUCUUCGACGGGUACCUAUAAUGACUUUCACAGGUGUUGCUUCACCUGACAGUCAUAAACCAGUGACGCAUAG